AUGGCUGAUUCUGGUGGUGGUAACAGUGGUAGUGGCCAAAGGAGCAGCAAUGAUAGUCGUCGUCCUCGGUGCAGGUAUUUUGCCCGGGGAUUCUGUCACCAGGGACAGAAUUGCUCCUUUUCUCAUGACAGACAGUCACAGCCAGUCUGCAGGUACUUUCAGCAGGGGUUCUGUUUUCGUGGAAAUGAUUGCAGGUAUCAGCACUCCCAGGCUGUAAGCUCCUCAGAAUGCCUCACAGAGCCCCCCCUGUCCCUGCAAGAGCCUAAGCCAGAGCUGGGGUCAAACUCUGAGCUGGCCAGUCUGCAUUCAGUACCUGAGGAGCUUAGUCCACCAUGUGCCCAUCAUAGCAGGAGGUCUGGUAUAAAACAUCUGGACACAAAGGAGGCGGUUGACAGCACUUUCUCUAACCCUCUGGAUGUACCAAGUGAUCUAAAUCUUAAUUCCACCCUGGAACCUGGUCCCCAGCCUAAUCCCAAACCAGCAGCACAUCCUGAUUCCUUCCAAGAUCAGAACGUUUCCAGGCUCCCAAGAACUCGGACUCCAGACAUAAUGGAGAACAGCCAGGAUAUGGUGUGUGGCAUCUGUAUGGAGAAAGUUUGGGACAAACCCCCAGCAGACCGUUUCUUUGCCAUUCUACCCAACUGUUCCCAUGCCUACUGUGUGAACUGUCUCCGCACCUGGCGCCAGAGCAGAGGAAAUUGCCCUGAAAACAUCAUCAAGGCCUGUCCAGAGUGUAGAGUUCGUUCCAACUACUUUGUCCCCUAUAAAUUCUGGGUAAGCAAGGGGCCUGAGAAGGAGCAACUCAUCAAGAACUUUAAGGAUCGAACAAGCCAGAUCCAUUGUAAGUUUUUCAUACAAAGAAAAGGUCGCUGUCCUUUCCAAUCUGACUGCAUCUACCAGCACCAGUUCCCUGAGUCCUGGCCAAAGAACAGGGAUUCUGUUCUGAUUCCCAGUGAACCAUCAGACAACUCAGAUGAUGAAGAUGAAGAAAUCUAUUUCUUUGACCAUACCAUCAGCAUAUCCAUAAUGAGGAAGAAAAAUAACCUAUUCCAAAUCCAGCGAUUCUGAUGUAGAGAUGGAGAAGUUGUAAAACAGAGGCUCUAUCCAGUAAAGCUCUUCAGAGGCAGAGGACCACUAUAAGUAACAGUUCACAUGGAAAGAAGCCAUCUACUCCAUGGUCUGCGCUGAUGGCACAUUUGGAGUCAGGACAGUUGCAGAAGAAAUGAAUGGCUAGAUCCUGGGCCAUGAGGAAGGUCCCCAUCACUUUCUGUUCUCCUUGGGCCCUAGUUUUUAACUUUUUAUAUGAUGAUUCUGAAACAAAUUAAACUAGUUUAAAUCA